AUGUACCCCGAGCGGCGUCCCUACGCCACCACCAUCGAGCACGCGGGCUACCGCGAUAAACCGCUCGCGCCGAUCCCGCGGCCGCCGGCGCACGCCAUCGAGAUGCUCAACGCUGAGCCCGGACAGGACAGUUUGGUUCCCGUGCGAGGUGCCGGAAAGUUAAUGGGGCGUGGGUCGAUGCUUGACCGAAUGCGCGUGAAUUCCGCCCUAACCCGAACCGCGGAUACUUUGACGGUCGCGCCCGGCCCCAACGGUCUUUUUGAUAGCGAAGACAACGACCCGUUAGUCGAGCAGAAGCUUCAGAACCCCUUCAAGUUCGCGACCAAGCACUACCACGGCUCCCAGCAGGCCGUUCUCAACACGGAGCUUCGCUUUAAGCUGGAGAAGCUCGUGAAAGACUGGGAGGAUCGCGUGGAUAAGCUUCGCACGCUGAUGAUGCAAUACCCGGUGGACAGCGCGAUGAUCAACGCGCACACCUUGGAUGGGCUUCGUUCCUACCUCACGGGCUACCGAUGCGUGGAGGAUUUCACCUUGCCGGCCUCCCACCUCAUUCAGAAUUUAAAAUUGUUGACUCCCAUGACGGUGAUCGAGCACGCGGAGGCCGUCCCGCGGCUCCCGCUGGAUAGUGUGCAAUACGCCCUCAACUCCCUGCUGACCUCGGUCCACCUGAUCGCCCCGCUGGAGGAAUAUCUCGAAUCCUUGCAGGUGUUAGACCAGAUCGCGUGCUUCUCGAUUGAGAAUUUCGACCAAUCCGAGGGCUCGGGGACGGCGCUCGUGAAGGGGACGACGGGCCCGAGAGGGAGGCUCCUUCCCAGCAAGGCCGCCGUCGCCCUGCACGAGAGCAAUCACUUCAACCCCGGGGAGUACGCCCUGGGGGAGCUUCAGAAGAGCCACGAUUUCCUCCAGAACAUGGAGGCAGGGGUGCUGGACGCGAAGUCGCGGAAGGACGCCGCGGUCUACCGCCGCGACCCCAUCGAGGCCCUCCGCAACCUCCACGCCCAGAUCGACCUCUCGAACGAGAUGCUCUUGGCGAAUAAAGCGCGGAUGGAGUUGGUGGGGCUCUACUACGACGACGUCCGCGCGAUGCGGGCGGCGGUCUCGACGAAGUUGGAGGGCGCCGAGAGCGCCGCGGGGAAGCUUCGCGGGCAUUCCGCCGCGCUGCUGCUGAAGGUGGGGCGGGAUCUCGCGGCCCUGCAGGCCGCGAUGGGGGCCACCCACACCCAGCUCGGCAAGCUCGAGGCCCAGGACCAGGAGGCGGAGCUCGCCGCGCAGGAGGCGCUGAAGGCUUUUCAGGCCGAGGAAAAGGGCCACUGGGAGCAGAUUCGAGGGCUGUUGGACCACCUUCGCGAUGCGGCGGGGCGGAAGGUGCAGUUCGUGAUGGAGCACAUGUCCCAGCGGGAGCGGCGGUCUCGGAUCUACACCGAGACCCUGGCCCGGCUGAAGGCCGAGGAAGAGCACAGCGAGCGCCUGGGGGAGCUUCACAUCCUCGCCCAGAACUGGGAGCACGGGGCGGGGGUUUACAAAAAGUACGUCGAGGCCUUCACCCCGAAGCUGCUUAAGCGCCUCAGCGCCAUCGAGGAGGCCGCCGAGGAUCUCAGCCAGAGCGAAUCGCAGGAUUAUGUCCGUCGGUAUGAGAUGUUCACCUAUGCCUCGGAGGAGGCGAGGGCCAAGCGCUCCGUCCAGGUGGAUCGGAUGCGGCUUACGCAGCGAAGUAUGCAGCUCAAUCAGGAGUGCGCGAUCGAGACGCUGGACCCCACGAUGGAGCAGCACGCCCAGCGGUACGCCGAGGCCGGGCGGGAGCUCGAGGAGGUCUUGGCGUAUAUCACCUACCUCGAGACGAUCGAGCAGGAGCGCAAGGCGGAUAUCGAUCCCGUCCUGCAGAGCGUUCUUAGCCACAACCAACUCACCACUACCGACCCCCUUCAGCUGGACAAACAAGAGCUGCUUUCGCUGAUGGCCGAGUCCGCGAAGGCGGCGCAGGCCACGCAGCGAAGCGCGGACGUCGCGAAUGCCGACAAGGCCAGGGGCGGCCCUGGCGAGUGCAAUGACGUGCUCAAUGCGGUGAUGAAGGCCGAGGAUAGAGAGCCCAGGGAGGGGGUGGUCAGCAAUCAGUCGAUAUCGGAUUCAAACAGGGAGUUGUCGUUCUUCACGAAAACGGUUGCCCAUCCGUUCGUCUCCGCACGCCAGCAGGGCAUCACGCACGAGGAGGCAUACGUGGAGAAGCAUCAACGACUCGCCGAGGUGGAAUUGUGCGCAACGGAGGCGAAAAUGGAUAGAAUAUCCAAGACCAAACUAGAACAGGUAGAACUGUCGAUGAAGUACCAAAAUGCUGAUUAUAUUCGAUCACUAUUGGCUGCUAAUGAUCCGACAAACUAG